AGAACACGACUCGCCUUGUUGUGUGUAUUCCCGUGCUCGCAUCGCCAUCUUGUUGCAAUCCUAUUUUUACGUAUGCAAGGAUCUACCUUCCGUUCUGCUCUUUUCAAAAUCACUCGUGUUUUUCCCAAAGACACGAGACGUUCCGGCGCGAGGGACUAAUUGGCGCUUCCUCGCGGACACCUCCCAGCCUCGCUCUUUUUCCGCCUCUGUCCCAGGCACCGGGUCGCCGCGCUGAGCAUUUACGCGCAAUGAGCAUCGACACACUUUUGGAGGCGGCCAGGUUCCUGGAAUGGCAAGCCCAGCAACAACAGACCACACGUGAUGAUGACCGCAAAGACAAGGGGGUCAUCAAAAAGGAAGCAGAAGCGAUUCGCAUCGACCUAGUGAACUCCUCCUCUCAGCCAAUCAGAGCGAGUCACAUCACCUGGAGCGAUGACAAAAAGCGGCAGCACCACUCCCCUGCCUCGGCCGCACCCCCAUCGCUGGCGCCCCCGCAGGUGCCCAUUGCUGUCAUCCCCAUGGUACCGGUUGUCACAGCAACCCCCUCCGUCCCACCUCUGCCCCUGACCACGCCAAUCGCCGCAGCCGCCACGCCCCUCAACACCUCUUCUCCGCCAGCUAAAAAGCCCUGCUCUCCGCCCCAGCAGAACCAUCGGCAUCUUCUCUGCGCGACACAGGUGAAGGUGGAGCCGACCCCAAUUGCAUGUGGGAAGCCCGGGCAGCCCCAAGUCCAGAUCCCCUAUGCAGCCUCUAUGAAUGGACCAGCAUCACAGCACCCCCUAGUGGCGCACCAGAUGCAACCUGCACUACAGCAGCAGCGGCCCAAUGGCGUGGCCAUGGAAGAUAUGAGGUUGGUCCAAGGGAAGAGGAGGCCAGGAGGAGCGGGAACGAGAGAGGUGCACAACAAGCUGGAGAAGAACAGGCGAGCACAUUUAAAGGAAUGUUUCGAGACUCUGAAGAAGAAUGUCCCAAAUGUUGACGAAAAGAAAACGUCCAAUCUCAGUGUCCUCCGCAGUGCCCUUCGUUACAUUCAGACCCUGAAGCGUAAAGAGAAGGAGUAUGAGCACGAGAUGGAGCGGUUGGCGCGGGAGAAGAUCGCGACUCAGCAGCGUUUGGCCGAGCUGAAGAACGAGCUGAGCCAGAACAUGGAUGUGGUGGAGAUCGACCGAGUGCUGCGUCAGACCAUCCAACCGGAGGACGACCAAGCGUCCACCUCCACUGCCUCAGAAGGAGAGGAGAACUUUGAACAGGACAUUGAUGACGACGUCCCGCCUCCUCCUCCCACCACCUCCGCGCCUCUCAUCAAACCAGCUCCACCUCAGAUACUCCAGGCCCAGCCGCUGCUCGCCCCUCACCUGUCCAUCCAACACGCCGCUCUGCCUCUGUCCGGGGUCCUGACCACCCCCACGGUCUCCUCUGCCCCCACCCCGCAACCCAUUGCUCCGGCUCCUGCCCCCUCCGCACCUGUGGUCACUGCAGCUCACCCCAUCCAAAACUCCGCCGUGCAGGUCCAACCCACCGUCAUCGCCCACGCAGCUGUCUCCCACGCGUCCGUCAUCCAGGCCGUCAACCACGCCCUGCCGACCAAUCACAAACACCUAACUCACAUCGCGCCAUCGCCAGGCCCCACCCCCGCCGUUACCCCUCAAGCAAUCACUGCUGCUCCAGCCACCCACCAGCCAAUCACGGCGCAGCAAAUCGGACACAUCACAGUGCACCCCGUGGCUCACAUAGGAGCCCAGCUCCAGUCCCAUCUCCCGACUCUGUACCCGCCGGGAGUGGGCGUGUCCCAGGGGGCGAUGGUGGGACACAUCACCCAUACGUUCACUCACCACACCUUGCCCCACGUCCAGGCUAAUCCCCAGGCUAACGCUAGUGCUCAGGUAAACGGCGGUACAGUGGUUAGCCAGGGGAACCAGUCUUUAGGAAAGCCCACGGCAGUUUUGGCACCGCACCCUCAGCUAGUGGGACAAACAACUGUUCUGAACCCGGUCACUAUGGUUACUGUGCCCACCUUUCCCGUCAGCACUCUCAAACUUGCCUAAAUGAACAGAAAUCUAACAUGGCGUUUUUCACACUCCACAGAGACAUGAGUGAAAUACCUUUAUCAACUAAUGGGACAAACAGCAAAUAUUUAAUUAUAUUUCAACAGUGGCAAAAAACCUCAAGCCAUUGUGUAUGAAAAUAUACAGGUGCAUCUAAAAAUUACACUAUUAUGGGACAGUUCUGUAGUUUGAGUUGAGAAACGGCACAUAUUCAGUGUGCGUAGUAAUUCAUAAUGACACAGGUAGAACUACAGAUGCCCUUCCUGUCUCCUUUGUCUUAACUAAAUGCAAAUAAUCCAAGCAUUUAUUUCUUAACUUGAAAGAUUAUAUAGUACAAUAUGUAACCCAACUAUGCUAAAUGAUCAUUAUCAUUACAAUUCACCGGGUAUUUUAUUUUACGAAAUCAUAUGUAUUAUUUAGACUUUGAAUUGAGAUAAUGAACCACAUUUUCCACAGAUAAUUUUUAGAUGCACUUUUAUGUUUUAUUUUUAUUGCUUUUUUGUUUUCUUUCCUAAAGCACUAACACUAUAAGCUCCUUUUUCACUCAGGCAUCAAGUAUGUACCCGAACUCCUCCACUCGCUAAAGGCAAGGCAAUGAAAUGGUAAUAUUCAUGGGACACUUUUUUUUUUCGCAAAAUAAUCACACAAAUGUUUCAAUGAGCAGUGAAUCGGGUCAGUGGUUCCACAACAACAAAUUGACUAAUAACAAGGGAAAACAAAAUGUCCAUGUUAUAUUGAAAUCGUGACUUGUCAAGUAUUCUCAGUGGUGCUGGUAUAUGAAAACUGCUAAAAAAAUGUUGAUUUUCUCCCCCAGGACAGAAGCCUUUAUUGUUAACCUCAUAAUACUUAAACCAAAACCCUGAAAAACCCUGAAAAAAAACCCAAAAAACCCCAAACCACCACCAAAACAAGUAAUAAAUAUACUGUUAGGGAAAAUGACAAGCCCAUUUAUCUGGAUCUAGGAAAAUCAUAAACUUAAUAUCUAUAUAAUCGACACAACUUUACAAACAUUGUUGAAGCCACUGCAUUUUGGACAUUAGACAAGCUGCGUUCUGUUUACUUAACGCAUGAUGUACAAGGUGUUACAGGGAAGUUACCUUUUGUGAAACAUGGACUUUGUUCUGUUAUUUAACCGAAAGCAAAUGACUGCAGUGUUUGACGAAGUUUAAAUCUGUCAAAUGGACAAAUGGUUGUAGACGGAUUUAAACUUCGUCUUUUGCUGUGGAUCAGACCUGGACGACUGAAGGAUUACACAGACUGUAGUGUAUGGGUUACAAUAUUCAAAGCUGACUGUGUAGGGGUAUGUGUUUCUAAAAAAAAAAAACCUUUAUUGAUAAUGAAGCUUGAAUGGUUUUGAAAUAAUUUUGAUCAUAACUUGUGCAAGACCAUGUAGAAUAGCCCAUUAAAGAAAAUAUAAGAGUUUGAGUUUGAAAUAUUAGUAUCAUGACAACAGGACUUACUGUUUUCCUAAAAAGAUCAUUGCGCAUAAGUAACUUAAGGACAAGACCAGACAAGAACAAAAAUUGGACCUAAUUGUUUCACGUCUAUUUGAAAAGCGCAAACAAACCCCCAUUAUGUGCUUGGUUACCUAGAAACGGAAUGACAUCCAACCACAGGCAUACUCAAAACUUUAUUAAAAAAACAGAUUUCUCAUAGACUUAAUGCUAUUUUUAAAAUGGUGUAAUUAUGUUUAUUGAUGUGGUACCACUGAAAACUGCUCUUUAAACAUUCAGUGACAGGUUUCCUUUAGUCAUUGUUUGGGUCAAGUUACCACACUAAACCUGUCUCAUUUACCCUGUUAAUGUUGAUGCAACUGCGCCCCCUGCUGCUUCACUCUGGUGUCAUGCUUUUACUGGCUCAGUGACGUCUGGACAGUAUCUCUAUUCCAAUUAUAGUCCUGGCAAAAACAGACUUUCAAAUAGAGGUUGAUUUGAUUAUUCAAUGAAGUCAACUCUAAGGAAAAUGGACACUACUUUGUUUGGUGUAAAUUGAUAUAAAUGAUUCUACUAAAUUGUCUACAAUCUUAUAGAUACUUCUUAAACAUUCUUGCUGUUCCUUUGUAGUUUUUAUGGAACAAAAAUAAAUGAUUGAGAUAUGAAUUCAGCAGCUACUCUGAACCAACUGUGUAACAUAUUUAUGCCAACAUUUGCGACUAUCUGGAACAAACAAAAAUAUAUAAAAAAUUCCCAAACUAGACGGGUAUUUGAAUUUGAGAUUGUAGUUUUUCCACCAUUUUUGCUCCCAAGUAAAAUGUAUUAUUAAAAAUAUAUUUUAGAUUGGAAAAUGUGUUGUGAUCCCAUUUAUUCUUUGUUGGUGUGAUUGUCAAGUUUACAUCACUGUCUAUUGAGCCCAAGUUAUUUACUUCUAUCAUUUGUAUGUAAUGUUAUUCUGCUCCCCUGUAUGUUAUGUACCUAUAUGUAACUGUAUCCUAUAUGCUUUAUAUUAUGUAGUAUAUUAAUCCUACUGUAGCGUAGCAUGGCUGUACUUUUGGGUUAGUUUUGCCCCUUUGUGCAUGAUGAGUGUGUGAAAAAGAGAGAAAGUGUAGCAAGUAGAUUAUUUUUUAUACAAAGGUGAUACUGGUAUGAGCCUAUCGUGUGUGCCUACAACUAAAACUCAGAUUUCCUCAACACUGUGACAACAAGCUUCUGGCAAAACACGCUCUCUAAAUGUGCAAAAUGAAAGAGCCGGAGAUUACUGUUGAAAAUGUUUGUAAAUGUUUUUUUUAAUGCACAGUGUAACUUUUCUGGUUGAGAGUCUGCAUCUGUUCGUCUCACUGGACAUGUAAUUGCCUUAACUAGAAUGUUCCACAGGACGGAUAUAAACUUUUCUCUUACUUGACUCAAUUGCAAGUACUUGAACUGCUAAAGAAAACCUUGAAAAACAGAUUAAUGCCAUACUGUGCAACAUUACAGUCAUAACAAUAACAUUUCCAUUAAGACAAGUAGGUGGUGAACCCUUCCACAAAAAGUUACGCGCUGCCCCUUUGAGUUGUUGCUUUUGUGAGUUUGACUGGGUAGAAAUGAUGAAAAAAAGCAAAAAAAAGCAAAAAAAAAAGCUCUUGAUGACACCAAUAUUCAAAUUGCGUUUUGUAAAAUUUGUAUGUAUGGAAAUUUUGUACAUUUGUGAUCGUAUGCACGUUUUGGCAUAUGAGUGUAUGUAUCUAAAGGUAAAAACAAAAAUGCUUGUUACUUUUAAUAUGUUUUGCAUGUAGAAGGCUGUUUAGUUUGAGUUUUGUUUGUACGUUUCUUUUCGGGACCAUGUAUAAAACUGUACAACGUGGGCAGGAUCUAGGACCUCAUGCAACAUUGAUAUUAUAUAUGAAUAUAACGUGUUUUCCCUAUGGAGAAAGUUUAAGUUAUAUAUCGCCUGUACACUUUGGGCUGCCUUUUAGAUCGAACUGUCCACUGUUUAAGAUGACAUGAUAAUGAAUACAGAUAUUAAUGAAGAAUUAUGCUUAUGGAUUAAUAAAGAUUCUUAUUACA